GAGGGCCUGUUGCUGAGGAAGCCACGCCAGAUGCAGGCUCCAGACCUGAACAGUUGAAGAAUGUCGUCUUCGGCGGGAGGCAAAAAAAAGCCUAAGGAGAUGGAUGAGACUGUUGCUGAGUUUGUCAAGAGGAUCUUCUUGAAAAUCCGAUUGGAUGAAAUGACGACAAUCCUAAAGACAUGGGACUUUCUGUCUGAGCAUCAACUGCAGACCGUGAACUUCCGGCAGAGAAAGGAAUCUCUUAUGCAGGACUUGCUUCUACUCUGUGAGGAGAAGUGUGCAAGCCUCGAGGACGCCGCCCUUCUGGACAUCAUCUAUCAUCAGGCACAUCGGCACCAGAGACUCUGGGACGUCUUUAAGAUGAGUAAAGAAGCAGGUGGUGAUGCUGACCUUUUCGACAUGGAAGAGUUCAAAAGUUCCUUUACGCAGAUUCUUCGGAGGGCGCUCAAGAACGUGAUAGUCAGCUUCAGAGAUGAGGAGAAUGCAGUAUGGAUUCGGAUUGCCUGGGGAACACAUCACAAGAAACCAAACCAGUACAAAGCUACUUACGUUGUGUAUUAUCCCCAGACUCCGUAUGUGUUCAUGUCCUUCUCCAGGCUGAAAAGCAAUUUCCCCCUUCUGGUUCAGGCGCUGACAAAGGCCACCAAGCACCAUCAGAUGGUGAAAAUGGACCUCAAGAGCCGGUACUUGGACUCUCUUAAGGCUAUUGUUUUCAAACAGUAUAAUCAGGUCUUUGAGACGCACAAUUCAGUUACACCGCUCCCGGAAACAAGCCUGUGGCUACCUAAGAACACGGAUUUAAGGAUCAUUCACGAAAACCAGCUGGAAAAAGAGAGAAUCCACAAAGUGACACGAGAAACGUUUGGAGACUACCCUCAGCCAAGACUGGAAAUUGCACAAUACCAGCUUGAGACGAAGUUCAAAGGGGACUUCAGCAGGAGCAUCUUGGCUGAGCGGGAAGAACCCCUUCGGUGCCUGGUCAAGUUCUCCAGUCCUCAUCUUCUGGAAGCGUUGAAAUCCUUAGCUCCCGCCGGUAUUGCAGACGCACCACUCUCUCCAUUGCUUACCUGCAUUCUCAGCAAGGAGAUGAAUUAUUUUAAAAUCAGAGAUAAGUGAGCUGGCUCUGGACUGCCUCUCCCAAGGCAUUGCAAGCCAGGGCCACCUGGGCCCCUUCCAUAUAGAAACUGUUUGAAAAACAAUUCCUUGGUCUCAAGAUUUUAAAAACUGUGCCUCUAUGUCUGUGUCGGGACUCAUUCUCCCCAAGGUAUCCCGAAGAAUACUGCAAAGGUGAGCAUUUGCGACUUGACCUUGCGGUGAGCUGAAAUCAAGCUGGUGUAGAACACUGGCUGCGACUCUUGGGUGGCAUCAGCUUGAGUGCCCUUUGCCUCGUCACAUCAUCUUGGGGAGAUCGGGUUCCGAAUGCUGCCUUCAGGAAACACCUUCUUCUCGGCUGAAGAUCACAGAAAGCAGUGCCAAGUGAACCAACCUCACGCGGACCGUCCAGGGGAAGCCUACAGUCAGUCCAUUCCGAGGGUCUGUUACACCAGCAUCGCAGGAGGCCGGCUGCCAAAAUGAUUCAGUGACAGGAAGCAGGUCUCCUGGUCACUGCACUUUUCAUUAUCAGGUCCAUUCCUUAGGUGGCAUUCAAAUGGGCUGAUGUUACAGUGAUAUGUGAAUAAAGAUGUGUAAAAGCC